GAUACCGUGAAUAUAGUGAUACUAGCUAGUCUACAGAAGGUGACCGCAGAGAAAGCAGGAGUGUAACAUUAGCACAAAGCUAUACUAAUGGCUGAAGAAAUGGACGUUAUAGUAAAGAUAGAACCAGGUACUGAUGAAUAUGGAGGCCUGUACAGUGCCAAACAGAAUGUUACAGGCGAGGCUGGAUUAGUUUUGGAAGCUAUUAAACCCAGUUCGGACAGCCUACAGCCGAAGAUCACGAACGUCGUCAGUCUAAGCGAGAUACAAAACGGUCUGCCGACCGAUAACGUCUCGACAAACGGACAGAAGAAGAGCGUAACGUAUGUGAACAGCAAAGGCGAUCGGGUGAACGUCCUUGUAGUAAACAGGUCCCCAUCUACAAGCAACCUCGGACAAUCCCCGACAAGCUCCUCGCCUGCACUGAAGAGGGCGACGGCACGGAAGUCCACCAGCGCGCCCAAGAAUCAAACGAAUGGCUUAAAGACGACGAAGACGUCCGGCAAAGCGGCCGACGGCGACGAAUUGGGAGCGUCCCUGACCAAGUACUGCUUCGACGUCAUAAACCGCCGGCACACGAAGCGGUAUCAGCCCCCCGCCGACGCCUGCGACGCCGCAGGCCGGCUGUUUGCGUGCAUGGAGUGCGGAGACACGUUCCUGUACGAGCGCAGCCUGGAGCAGCACGCGCGGCGCGUGAGCAUGUGCAUCACUCACCUAUGCGUCAAGUGCGCGCGCACCUACCAGUUCUACAAUCGCUGCUCGUUCAUCGCUCACCUUCGUCAACACUCGCUCACCGUCAACACGAUCGACUUUGGCCGCGUCCGCAUCGACGCUCCGUCGGCGAAGCUGGCGCGCUCGUGCCUGAGCGGUCUGGAGCCGGCCGACUCUCGCGCCGACGCGAACGCUCCGACCGUCCCGGCGAAGACCUCCGCCGUCGCGGCGUCGUCCGGGACGCCGGCACAGACCGUCGUCACGGCAACAUCGUCCGGAGCGCCGGCGGGGACCGUCGUCGCCGUGACGAUAGGAAGCGGCACGCAGAAGACGGCGAGAGACGGCGCGGCGACCACGAGUUCAGAGGUCGUCGUCGUCGGCGGCGUCGAGUGCACGGAGUGCUUGAAGCGUUUCGCGACGCCGGCCGCCCUCGGCCGACACUUUGCGGGCCCGACGGCUAGCUGUCGUCCGAGCGAGGUGAAGGUGUGCGCCGUCUGCAAGCACAAGAUGCCGCCAAACGCGUGCAGCCUCUCGGCGCACGUGCGCAUCCACCGGCGUGAGCCGCCGUUCACCUGCCCCGAGUGCGGCGUCGCCGUCGACGCCGCCUCGUGGGAGGCGUUCCUCUAUCACCUGCGCUACCAGUGCUGCCACUACUCGCGCUGCGUCGGCUACAAGUGCGCGGCGUGCGCGGCGAGCUACAACAGCAGCGCGUUGCUUCGCUCUCACGUCGUCAGCGUGCACGGCGAGUCCUACCUGAAGUGCCCCACGUGCCCGAUGGCGUUCAAGACGCACGCGGGAUUCGAGGUGCACCACGCCGCCACGCACCCGUCGGAGACGCUCGCGAUGCCGAGAUCGAUCUACAAGUGUCCCGAGUGCGACACGGUGUUCCACCAUAACGCGCAGCUGCAGGCGCACCUUCAGAGCCACGAGGCGCGGCAGAGCGCCGCGACGCUACGCUUCAUCUACAAGUGCCUCGACUGCUACAAGCUGUUUGACACCGUGGAGCUGAUGGCGGAGCACGGCAAGAGCCACGCGCACGUCGUCCACAACGUGUGCACGCUCUGCGGGGCCGUCUUCGAGACGCUCGCCGACUUGUGCUUGCACCGUUACCGCGCGCACCGCGACUCCAACGCCGCCGCGAACCUCCCCAAGCCGCAGCCGAAGACGGCGUCGUCGUUGCGGGGGAACGCCGCCGCGGCGGCGCGGGGGACGCCGUACCCGGUGUGCCUCGCAUGCCGGGUGCGCGCGCCCGACAACCAGUCGCUGGCGUCGCACAUCAGGGCGGCGCACGGCGGCGCGCGCAGCAUGUGCAUGACGUGCGGCGGCACGUUCAUGUCGCGCAGCGGCAUGAAGCUGCACGGCCGCCGACACCGGCAGGACGGACGACACAUCUGCGCGCUGUGCAACAACCUGCCGUUCCCGGACGCCGACACGCUCGCACUGCACGCCGGCUCCGCCCACUUCAAGCCGCGUGCGUGCGCCGGCGGCCCUCCGCAGAAGGGUCGCGGCGAGGGGGCGGUGGCAGCGGCGGCGGCGACUCCGCCCGCGCCCGCCGUGAAGAUGAAGAAGUUUACGGCUGCCGAACUCAGCGAGCCUUCCUUCUCCGUCGCCGCCGCCUCCUCCUCCGCCGCUGCAGGGGGAACCCCAGAGCGCCGCGUGAAGGUCAAGAAGGAGGAGGAGGAGCACGCGCAGGAGAUCCACCUCCUCGCCAAGCAGCGGCCCUACCUCUGCUGGCUCUGCCGCGAGAAGAACUUCCCCAACCGCAAGCUGCUGCAGCGGCACAUCGUCACGCGGCACGGCGUCGUCGCCGCCGACAUCCGCUGGGAGCAGCUGCGGCUCGCCGAGAAGCGGCCGCUCGCCGUGGCGACGGCCGGACGCGGCGUGUCGCACACGACGGCAAAGCGGCUGCGCGUCGCCACGGGCAACGGCGGCGACGACGACGCGUACGUCUGCGUGAAGUGCGAGUUUGCGACGGCCGACGCGGCGGCGUUCCGGGAGCACAUAGCGCAGCACAGGGAGCCGGCGUCCUACCAGUGCGCGGAGUGCGGACAGUGCUUCGUCGUUGCGCCUGCACUGCGGCGCCAUCUAUACUUCGUGCACAAGGUGCGGCGCGCCGACGCCGACAUCGAGCAGGAGGAGGAGGAGGCGGCGGGGAGGCGCGGCGCGGCGGGGAGACGGGAAGCGCGCGAGGAGGAGGGGGAGGGGCCGGGUGGGAGUUCUUCUCUCGAGUGCAGCGUCUGCUACCGGGUGUUUGAGAACGUCGGAGCGCUGAAGACACACAUCCGCUCGCACGGCAUGGCGUUUAUCCGCUCAAAGCGAGCGAGUCCGUAA